GUUAAAAAAUCAGAUUUCUAUCAACGUAAACCAAUAAAAUGUCACAUAUUGACAUUAAAUUAAUUCAUGAUUCUGUCGAUAAGUGGCGAUCUCAUCGAAAUAAACUAGUAAACCUAGCAUUUGGAAGACUCGAAUUUUUUUAUCCAUCUGAAAGAUUCAGCCAGAUCUAAAAACUAUCUUCAAAUUAAUAAAAAUUGUAAUCUUUUCUGAAAGUUAUAUGUAGUUAACUUCAAACCUUGAAAGUAAAUGAAACAACAAAUAAUUACUAACUGGCCGGUAACAUUUUAUCAUCAAUGGAUAUGUAAUUCAUUCUAUACGUUGAUGCCAUCAUUAUUUAAUUAGUACUACUUUGUAUUCAAUAAAUAUACAUCGAUUACUUUUUAUGAUCAACGGCGACGAAGUUUCAUACAACAGGCAAUAUAACUUGCAUGAUAUUAAUCGCUAUUAUUUUUUUACGUAAAUGCAUGUUUACUUUUUGUAUAAAUAUGUGAAAUUGUUAGAUUUAAAUGUAUUGUAAUAAACUCAUAUCGAAUAUGAGAGAUGCUAUGUAUAACCUAUUUUCAGAUGUACAUUAUUUACAUGUAUUUGAUUAAUUUAUAUAAUCGGUUACACUAAUAGUUUUUAAUUAAUCAAAAAGCCGCAUACAACUUUUUAUUGUAUAAUGACUACUUUAAGUAAUUUCAUGGAAUUUUUCCAAAAGGAAAAGACUUUCAGACCAAAGAAAAAGUUUGUUUAUGGAACAAUAUGUUAUUCUUUACAUAAACAAGCUCAAGCUUCACUUAAUUCAGGUAUAAACUUAAGAUCUGUAGUCAGAUUACCACCAAAAGAGGAUAUCAAUGAUUGGAUUGCUGUUCAUGUUGUAGAUUUUUUUAAUAGAAUAAAUCUUAUAUAUGGUACUAUAUCUGAAUACUGUGACUCUGCAUCAUGUCCAACAAUGAGUGGUGGAGCACGUUUUGAAUAUUUGUGGGCAGAUGGGGAAAAAUAUAAGAAACCAACUGUUCUUCCGGCUCCUCAAUAUAUUACACUUCUUAUGGAUUGGAUAGAAGUAAAAAUAAAUAAUGAAACUAUAUUUCCCGUGUCGACAGAUGUACCAUUUCCAAAAACAUUUACACCACUGUGUCGUAAAAUCUUAACUCGACUCUUUAGAGUGUUUGUUCAUGUAUACUUUCAUCAUUUUGAUCGUAUAGUAGCUAUAGGAGCAGAAGCACAUGUAAAUACAUGCUACAAACAUUUUUAUUAUUUUGUAACAGAAUUUGAUUUAAUAAAUACAAAAGAAUUAAAGCCACUAGCUAAAAUGACUGCUAAAAUCUGCAAAGAUACAGACUCGCCAACACAAACAACUGUAGCAUCAAAUAGUCAUGCAAAAUAGUUACAUGACAUUAUACUGCUACACUAUAAACAUAUAAUCUCUAAUUUGAAUGAAUGUGAACAAAGAAAAUAGGUGUGCACAUUUUUUUUCUAUGAAUCUCAAAAAAGUCAAUUGUAUAUUAAUUAAAUUUAUAUUCAUAAAGCAUAAUAUUAAGAGUGCUAUAACUCCUAAUAUAAUUUCAGUUAUAACAUAAGUGAAGUUAUGUUAUAAAUGAAUUAUCUUUGAUAUUAUAAUAUUAA